ACCUGUCUCGGCCUGCAACCUUGGCGAAACCAUCGGUGCCACUCCCCGCCCAUGUCGGCCCCCGCGGGCUGCCCACGCCUGUCCCCCAGCUCCCCGCUCUGCUGGGCUUUCCCCUCGCCAGGGGUGGCUUUCUGAGCCGCCCGCUCCGUGCCCUUCUCUGCAGCCUCUCCUGCCGCUCGGGGUCCCCAUUCCCCCUCCUGGAGGCGGGGGGCUGCCCCCAAGGGGCUGGCGGAGCUGGGCCGCGGGGGCCCCGGGGCCGGCGGUGCCGGGGUCAUCGGGAUGAUGCGGACACAGUGUUUGCUGGGGCUGCGUACGUUCGUGGCCUUCGCCGCCAAGCUGUGGAGCUUCUUCAUUUACCUUUUGCGGAGGCAGAUCCGCACGGUAAUUCAGUACCAAACUGUUCGAUAUGAUAUCCUCCCUUUAUCUCCUGUGUCCCGGAAUCGGCUAGCUCAGGUGAAAAGGAAGAUCCUGGUACUGGAUCUGGAUGAGACACUUAUUCACUCCCAUCAUGAUGGGGUCCUGAGGCCCACUGUGCGGCCUGGAACGCCUCCUGACUUCAUCCUUAAGGUGGUGAUAGACAAACAUCCUGUUCGGUUUUUUGUACAUAAGAGGCCCCAUGUGGAUUUCUUCUUAGAAGUGGUGAGCCAGUGGUAUGAGCUGGUGGUGUUUACAGCAAGCAUGGAGAUUUACGGCUCUGCAGUAGCAGAUAAACUGGAUAAUAGCAGAAGCAUUCUCAAGAGAAGAUACUACAGGCAGCACUGCACUUUGGAGUUGGGCAGCUACAUCAAGGACCUCUCUGUGGUCCACAGUGACCUCUCCAGCAUUGUGAUUCUGGAUAACUCCCCAGGGGCAUACAGGAGCCACCCAGACAAUGCCAUCCCCAUCAAAUCCUGGUUCAGUGACCCCAGUGACACAGCCCUUCUCAACCUGCUCCCAAUGCUGGACGCCCUCAGGUUCACCGCUGAUGUUCGUUCCGUGCUGAGCCGAAACCUUCACCAACAUAGGCUGUGGUGACAGCUGCUCCCCCUCCACCUGAGUUGGGGUGGGGGGGAAGAGAGGGUGAGCCCUUGGGAUGCCGGCUGAUGCCCUGUCCAAUGUGAAGACUGCCUGGGCAGGGUCUGCCUCUCCCAAUCCUCUCUGCCCUGGGAGCCCUACACUCCACUUGGAGUCUGGAUGGACACAUGGGCCAGACUGUGAAGCAGCCUCACUAACUUCGUGUUCACACUCCAUGGAAACCCCAGACUGGGAAGGCGGAGGCCAUGGACAGCCGAAAGAGUGUCUGGUGGAGAGGCAGGACUGGCUGGAGUGAGACACACAUACAGUGAUCCAGGAGGCUCAAAGAGAAGCCAACUCAGCUUUGUUGUGAUUUGAUUUUUUAAAAACUCUUGUACAAAAUUGAUCUAAAUUCUUCACUCCUGCUCCAAGGGCUGGGCUGUGGGUGGGAGAUUGGGAUUUUGGGCCACUGGAUCUUCCCCAAACUUCUCCUUCCCUUACUUUCCCUGUGUUUUUCUCUUCUUAGAUUCCCUCAGGCCUGUAACCAGCUCUUUUUCCUUUCCUCUCUUUUAAAUCAUGCAUUAUAACUUUGAAACCAAAGCUGCCCUAGGUCCUUCUCUGGGGUAUUGGGAAAUGAAGGGAGGGGACUUUGUUCACAAUCCACCCUUUCCCCGAGGCAAAGGGAAAUACUGCUGUUGGGGGUAGGAGGAAAGGUGGUGGUGAGCAGGGACACGGAGAAGUGAACAGGUAACACCAGGCGCCUUAAUGGGACAAGUCCUGGGUGACAGGAUGAGUGCUCUAGAGAGGAGUAUAAGGACAGCAUCAGCAGUAGGAUGCAGAAUGAAAGGAGAAACCUGGACGCCACAAAAGGCCUAUGGCUAGAGAAAGGCUGGGUUUUCUGAGGACUGACGUGGACUGUCUGCACUAGCUCUGCCCCCAGGCGGCUAACAUCCCGGCCUCCAGGUCGGGGGCGGGGCGGGCGAUCCUCUCUCUGCUCCCGCCGCAGCCCCGCCUCCCCAAGCCGGCUCUACUUCCUCACGCCCGCCACGUGACGCUCCGCCCUUUCAUAUCACAUGAUUUCUCAGCUACAAAUCCUGAAAGUAUUCCUCCGCGAUGGCCUAGUCCCUUCCGAUGGGACCUUAUCGCCAGUUCCUAUUGGUCCGUUUAUUCCUAGACCCUAGGCGUUCUAUACGUCUGUCCAAACAUGUUUUCUUUCAUAGUUUGAGUCCAUCUUUGCCACUUGGGUACUACUUUGUUUUGGUGUCAACGGCCGCCUUCUGCGUAGCAACACGUUUCGUGAAUAGCCUGUAAUUGUUUCACCUUUUCUGUUUUCGCAAAGAAAUUCUGGAGAACCAGAUCUCAUGAUUAUCAUCUAACCCAUUUCAUCUCUACCUUCGUGGGGAGGGACAGAUCGAGAAAUGGUUUUCAGUUAUUUUCAGUUAUCACCGAUAACAAAAGCCAACCUCCUUUGCUACGUCGCCUGCGCAGCCCGCAAGUUGAUUCCAAAGCGAUUACGCUAAUGACGUGAGGUGGGGGGCGGACAGUGGGUGGUGCUACGAUAGCGGCGUUAGCUGCCGGGCUACUGGCGUAUCUUAGCAGGAGGGGAAGGUCGGGAAGGUCGGGGGUGGGGUUGGUGAAUAGGGAAGUGGCGCAAAUUCGUGGAUCGCUCCGCUGAGUCCGCCCGUUCGUCGCUGCUAUCACCGCCGCCCCCUGUCCCGGCCCCCCCUCCCGGGUUUCCUCAGGUUAGCUCGGUCCAACCCGGUUCCCGGGAGGAUGAAGUUCGUGUACAAAGAGGAGCAUCCGUUCGAGAAGCGCCGCUCUGAGGGCGAGAAGAUCCGAAAAAAAUAUCCGGACCGGGUUCCGGUGAUAGUAGAAAAGGCUCCCAAAGCUCGGAUAGGGGACCUGGACAAAAAGAAGUACCUGGUGCCUUCUGAUCUCACAGGAACACCAUGAAGAAGACUUCUUUCUCUACAUUGCCUACAGUGAUGAAAGUGUCUACGGUCUGUGAAGCUGCUACCCCUGAGAUGGGGGGUUCCAUUCUACGAAGAGAGAGGUGGCACCCCUUCCCUGAUCUUCACUUCCUUCAAGCUCAAACAUCACCUCCCUUCUUCAGGACCUGCACUUCUUAAAAGAUUAAGGCUUUCUAUCCAGCCCCUCUUAGCAGGAGGGGUAAUAGUGGACAUGGCCUUUUGUACCUCUCCUUUCUUCCCCUUUCUUUACCAUCCUUUCCCACUGUGCUUUAUACUUCUUGAUUGUCAAUCUCUGUCACACCCAGUGAUUGUUUUGGUUUCUCUUCCCUUUCUAACUGUCCAGGGAGUUGAGAACCCCAACAAUCCCUUUCACAACCUUCUUUUUUGGGGGUAAUGAGAGGGAUUGAAAUUGUGGGGGAGGGAGUAGGAAUCAUAUCAAUAAAGAGGAAACCACCAAUUGAACUGAA